AUGGCCAAGAAGACAACAGCAUCGAGGUCCAAGAGUAAUGGCGGCAAGAAGCGCGACGGUAGCAAGAAGUCCAGGAAGAGUGGGAUGUGCAUGGCGCUGACGAAGCCCAAGAGAGCUGUUGUCGCAACUCGUGUCGACAAGAGCGAUCCUCAGCAUGUGAAACGGCAGAUGAAACUGGCCAAGCGCUCGACAACACCGGUACCGAACGAGUGGCGCAACUUUGACGAGCGUAUGGCUGCCAAGCUUAAAAGCAGAACGUCACAGUCUACGGCCGCAGCGCCAUCGACGUUUGUAGUGGCAGCACCGACGUUCCAGUUUAAUGCGAACCCCGUGCAGCCGAAGAUGGCGGUGCGUGAAGUGAGAGGCUUUGACGGCUUCAUGGCUGCGCUGGAGGCUCCGAAGGACGCGCCGACGGUGACGUUGAACCAAGUGACCCGCCCGGCAAAACCCGUACAGCUCGAGUACGGCAGCAGCAACGUGUUUGCCGUGCUGGAUCGAGGUGACGAAGAGCAAAUGCCAGCAGCUGUGCAAGCUGCGCCAGCGUUCAUACAGCCGGCGACGUUCACAUUUGCAGCCGCCAAGCAGACGUUCCCGCCGCAGUCUAUACGUUGUUUGGAGACGCAAGUGGCAGCAGUCGAGAUUGAUCCGGAUUUAUGA